AUGAACACUUUAAAAACUCGCAUCACACACGUGUUGAACCAAACAAUUAUUAAUUCUACUACACAAAUUCCAACAACAACUAUCACUGAGCUCACUACAUCAUCACCAACAUCACCGAUCUAUGAUGCUGAAGGUGCAGCGAUUUAUAUUGCUGUUAUUCUGAUAUGGUAUUCAACUGGUUUAGCUAUGAUGCUAUUUUUACAAGUUCGUCCUCGUAACUACAAUCAUCAAUUUUCAUUCGAUAUGGAUCGAACGGAAAAAAAUCGAAAACAUUUACAUCCAUUCACAUACUAUAAAAAUUUUCAAGAAAAUAAUAAUACAAAACAAAUACUAAAUGAAUUAAAAGAUCCUGUUCGACGACAAAAGUUGUGGAAAAUAUAUUUUGGUGCAAAAACAAACGAACAUCCACAAUAUUAUCAGACAGUAACUGCUAUGGACAGCGUGACAAUUAAUCGUAUAAAACGAAAAUUAGCCGAUAUCCAUAAAACAAGUGAUGAUGGUACAUCAUCACCAGAUAUAAUUCCUACUUUUGAUUAUAAUACAACAUCUCCAGUGCGGCCAACUUUAACACCGGAUAUGAAUUUUUUAAAACGUUUCACAUCAUUCAGACGUAGUGCUUCGAAAACGCCAUCAAAUUGUCGCUCUCCUCCACCUCCAUUAAAAUUAAUUCGACGUCGAUCGCAAAAUGAUGUUCUGCUAGAAGCAUCUGAAUUGCAACCACUUACUAGUGUAAAUCAUCCUCUAGGAACAGAUAGUCUGAACCGUGAAAAUAGUCAAACAACAAACGAAAGUUCGGACACAACGAGUGAAACAAAUCGUUUAAGAAUAGCAUCUUCAAAUAAUCCAGAAAAAAAUGUUCAAUCUUUAACAAAUGCGUCAGCAACAGUUGUAACAGUCCAUGAGCCUCCAGUCAUAAAAGUAUCGUCUGCUACACCAUCUACAACAAAUAAUUCAUCGUGGUUUGGUAAAAAACGAAACAAUAACUUUUUUUCACGUUUUGUUAUUGAAAAAGUAUCCGAUACAAAUAAUUUAUCUACAUAA